UCAUUUGCAUUCCAUUUUGUGUAAAUUUUGCGAAAACUUUCCAUAAAUUAGCGAUAAUUACAAAAUAUUAAAACAAACUUUUAAUUGAUAAAAAAGAACAAUAGAUAUUAUUUAAAAAGAACAAAAAAAAGUGUUUCGUCAAACAUUCAAAAAAUAAUUUACAAAAUCCAAAAAGAGAUUGUUUCUUUUCUUCAAUAGUGACCUCGGCAAAUUGAUGAUUUACCAGUGUCGGUGUCGCCGCUCCCGCUGGAUAAAAAUAAAUCUAUCUCAUUCAUUUUCUCAUAACUACAGACUAUAGCCAUCUCUAUUGUCUACCUGCUUAUUCGCCCAACAAAACGACAACGUUGAACGUACCAAGAAAACGGCCAUUUUUAUUUUUCGUUGUCGUUGCUGGUCGUUGUGGAUUUCCACUUUUCCAGUUAAAGUGAAAUUUGUGAGUGCUGCUUGUGGUGCGUUUAAAUUUUUCGUAUUUUAAAUUCUUAUAUAUAUCAAUUAAAUUGGACCAUUUAUUAUUAAAAAUACUCUCAUAAGACAAUUAACGACUAAUUAAGUUAAAAAUUCAAAGUGUCAGUUUCAAAAACAUUGUUGAAAUGUUACAAAACAGAUAGUUCAAGUCUAUCAUAAUCGCCAGUAAAGCGGAGAAUAUCCAUUAAGAAGCACAAAUAUAUUUAAAGAAAUAAAUAUAAAUAAAAGUUAUCAAUUAAAAUAAAAAUACCCGAAAUGUUUUCAUUUCAUAAGCCUCGAGUAUAUCGUUCAGCCGAAGGCUGUUGUAUUUGCAGAGCCAAAUCAAGCAGUUCCAGAUUUACUGACUCCAAAAAAUAUGAAGAAGACUCAGUGAAAUGUUUUGAUUUGAGGGAAGCACGCCAUGGGGAAAUUUGCAAUGCUUGUGUUUUGCUAGUGAAGAGGUUCAAACGAUUACCAGCAGGCAGUAAUCGGCAUUGGGGACAUGUUGUUGAUGCUCGAGCUGGACCAGGAAUGAAAUCUAUGACUAAAUUUAAGAAACUCAAAGAUGACUGCACACAAGCUUCAAGCAACGGAUCGAAUGAUCGUGCUGCCAAUAAUCAAAAAUCCCUUAUUCCCGAAAAAUUCUCGAAAAUCUUCAAGAAAAACAAAAAAAAAGUUGUGAAAGAUAAAAUUAAAUCACAACACAUAGCUGCUGUAGCAAGUAAGCCAUGGGAAAGCCAAUCGCUGCCUUUGACACCGGAAUCUCUUGACAGCGAUUGCGAUGAUGUGCAAUAUUCACCAACAAGAGCAAUCGAAUCGGCGAGUCUUAAAAUUCGACAAGCAAUCAAUCGUCGUGGCAGCAGUAAACGAAAAUGUCUACCACCGAAGAAGUUUCGCAACAGGAACCCCGACCAAGUACAAUUUUUUGACGAAAACUUAUGGGUCAAACGAAAAUCUUGCUGCGGAAUUGUAUUUGAGAACAAAGAACUUGGUGCUAUUAUCUUAGACAUCCAAAAUUACAAUCCAUGUGCCGAACACCAGCGUAAGAAAAUAGUCGAAAUUCCAACGCCAACUCCAACUUUAGCAAAGCCAUUACCAAUAGCUUCGCAAUUAAGCGCCCCUCAAAAAUUCAGCAUUCAGCCAACUCCAUAUCAGUUGCCUUUUAAUCCGCCAGCGAAUCGCAAUCCCACUCCGGUGCUAAAGAAACACCACUUGUUUUAUAAGCGUCAAUCAGAGAGCUUCCCCCUCGGCGACAUGAAGCAAUUAAAUAGCAAUAUCAAUAAUAGUAAUAACAACAAAAACAACAACAACAAUUCUCCCAAGACUGAUUUUGUACUAGAUUUCAAAGUUCUUCCCAAUUCACUUCCUACCUCAUCAGCAGUUAAAGUCGCCAAACUGAAUCCUAUCGAUCUUGGUCUCCAUAGUAGUCAUCUGCAAAUAACAACAUCCGGUAGCAAGAUGGCUGCCCCAUUUGAUCAUCAUCAACAAGCUAUUCAUAAGUUAAACGGCAGUAAAUCGAAUUCGUUUAUGCAUAAAGUAAAAUCCGACACUGGCAAAAUUGUCAAACAUUCCUUGGAAAAAUUCAAUACACUUCGACUAAAGCCAUCAGAGUUAAGUGAUGUUAAACACAUGGUUAAGACUGUUGACAAACCGUUCCUGAUAAAACCCGUUUCUGCUGUGUCACAUGAUAAACUAAAGAAAAUGGGUUUGGAUAAUGUGCCAUGUUCCUCCUCCGUGCAGCAGUCAGUGGCAACUAAAUUUAAUGACAAUUCUUCGGAUUCUGGUUUUGAUGAAAAUUUACAAGAUCGAAAAUCUGUUAGUCCUUUGCAAGAUGAUGGUGAAAAGAAGAUCAUGACAAUCCCAGUGCAAACAAUGUAUCUUGCCAGCGGAGUUCAGAUACAUGGCCAGCAUCAAAAUCUCCUACUUACAGGAAAUGAUGUAGCAGCGAAAAUAUUACAGAAUCGAAAACAAAUCCAAAAUAAUCGCAAUGGAGGCGUUAAAAUUGCUCAGAUCGUUGCCAAUGGAGGAGCUCAAAAAAUGCGUGCAAUAUAUAGUCAACCUUCUGAAGGAGCGGUCAUAACAACUGUAUCAUCCACAUCACCCAAUAUCAUGUCUAUUCCCUCAAAAACUGGUACCACUACCACAUCAUCAUCAUUAUUAUCAUCAAAUAAUCACCUAACAACCAAAACACCAACGAAUAUCAUUUUAAACAACACCGGUGACAGUAGCAAUGUAAUCUCUACCUCUGUACCAAGUCUGAAUCAGAAAAUUAUCCUAGUUAAAACUAAAUACAAUAACAACAACAAUAACAAUCAAUCAACGUGUAAGAAUUAACCAAAAGUUGUAUUGUCGCUCAAGCAACAUUAGAAUUUAGGUAAACACACUCCUUUUUUUUGUUUGUUGGUAACACUUUAUGUAUUUCUCGUCCAAAACAAAACAAAAAAAAUCAUUAGCCGAAUGUUAUACUUUUGAGCCGGUCUAAAAGUAAUAAAUUGCGUGAGCGUAAACGUGCGCGUUACACCAAUAAAUAGUUGUAAAUGUAUAAAGUGAAAUCCAUUGCAGUAUUUAAAAAAGAAAAAAGGAAGUCUCAUAUGAUAAUAAUAUUCGUUGAUAAAUAAUACAAUUUUAUAAUAUUAUUGUUUUUGUAUUUAUGUAGUUUUCGCAUUUAAUUUUUUUUUUUUUAAUUUUUACAAGACGUCUUAUUUAUUAUGAUAAAGAUAUAUAUUUUAAUAUUUAUUAAAACAAAAAAUGCAAAAAAAAAAAACAAACAAAAUUUGAAUCUACUCUUAAUUAAUUGUUAAACAAAAAAGAAAAAAAUAAUUAAAUUGCAUUCAUAUAAAAUGAUUAAAAGUAAACUAACACUUGUGCUUUCGAGCUUUGUCAGACAAAGCCACCAAGUGCAUUUAAAGAAAAUGAAAAUCUAAAGCACCAAAUGAUUUUGUGUAUAUUAUUAUUAUUAUUUUUUUAAACCUGUUAAUUAUUACUCUUUGAUCGAGACAAAAAUUAGCAAUUUAGGAAAAUCCCUGUUAUUAUGUAGACAUAGACAUUCUAUGUCUUCAUGCCAGAGAAAUAUAAAUUCCAAAACAUUUCAUGUGAUUUAAAUUAAUUAUUUUAGGAAAAACAAAAAAUAAAACCCAAAAAACAAACGAAACUAGGCAAAUUUUUUUGUAUUUAUUUAAAUUUAUCUAAAUUACUAUUAAUCAUCAUCAUGUGCAUUAAAAUUUACGUAAGAUAAUUAUAAAUAAAACAAAAAAUUAUUGUCU